GGAGGGCCACUCUUCCCAUCCAGGCCCUGGGUCACUAGCACCUCAUAACUUUCUCUUCCACUGAGGACACAGCCAGCAGCUCCUGCCAUGGACAGGUGGUACCUGGGUGGCAGCCCCAAGGAGGACGUGGACCCAUUCUCCUAUGACUAUGAGACUGUCCGCAACGGGGGCCUGAUCUUCGCUGCCCUGGCCUUCAUCGUGGGGCUUAUCAUCAUCCUCAGCAGACGAUUCCGCUGCGGGGGCAGGAAGAAGCACCGGCAAGUUCACGAAGACGAGCUAUAAUGAGAGAGCCAGCCGUGUCCACCAUUGCACCGGGGCCGCUUGGGAAGCCCUCCCUGAGCUAUAGGUCUUUGCCCCCGGGACUGCCAGGCCCUCGGGCUGAAGGAAGCCCCGAGUUCUGCAUGACCCCUGGGUGGGCAUAGCCUCCUCCCACCCCGUGCUAAUAAUAAAGCCGGCCUCAGAGACGGCUCCUUCCCUGGCCUGCCUCCCUCCCUCCUUCUCUCCUGUAACUGCCACCAUCCUCUCCUCCAAGUCGGAGUCAAUACAGCCCGGUCCCUUGUUUUUCAA